UUUUAGAAAGAGGCAUUGUUUGCUUUCAACUUACAUUAUAUGCUACCUCCUACAUUCCAGAUUUGCUCAUUUGUAGAGAUAUGUGUGCCUAUAUGUGAAAGUCUCAAAUUUAAGUAUUUUGACAUACUAAAUUAAUAGGACCAUUUCCUUCUAUUAAGUGAACAGAUUAAGUAAAUAUCUGCCCAUUUGGGAAAUGUUUUAGAUUAUCUUUUCCUAUCAAAAAAGUUAAUUUUUAAAAAAGUAAUUGAAAGCCAGAUCAGACAAGUACAGUAAGUAGGCUGUAAUGUGAAAAAUAUAACAUGCUUUAUUGUCCCAAAGAGGACAGGUUUUAAGAAUGGAUACCUGAGCAUCAGAAUAAUGUUUGGUAAAGUAAGGUAUUUAUAUAUGAAUUAAAAUUAUCAAAUUAUGUUGGGUAUAAAAUACAUCUGAAAGCUUGAGGUAAGCAAAGGUAAACUUCUAGAUGAAGUUCCAUUCUGUUUUUAUUAAGUGUAGGUAAAGAAGUCUGUUUUUCUGAAGGUGUCAAGGCAAAGGCACUUUGUCUUUAUGUGAGCAUCUGUUAUGUUAUGGCUAAGGACUUUCCCAUUUUCUUAAUCCUCCAACUGCUUUUUGAGGUGGAUAGUUAUCACUGUAUUAUAGAUGACAAAAUAAGACACAUAAGAAAUUACUUUGCUCCAUGGUCACAAUCCUUAAAUACUGACUGUCCAAGGGAGGAGAGAAGACUUGCCAAGUUCUGUCUUAAAGAAAGCAGUGGUUGUGCUGUUCUGUGCCCAGGAACUCCACAACUAGACUUUCAGGAGCCACAGGUGGGCAAACCCAUUUUGUAGGACCAUUCUUCCUGACUUCCUCAUCAUUUUGGCUCCCUUAGAACAACUCCAUCUGGUGUAAGUUGCUUUUAGUUUAUACAGUCUGGUGUUGUAGGCCCACUCAGCCCAAAUAUCUUUCCCCUCGUUUGGUGCUAAAACUCUGUACAUCAAGACAAGUACAACAGAGGUUUAUUUAAAAAAAAUAAAAUGGCAGCCAGAUGUGGUGGCAUACACCUGUAGCCCCAGCACUCAGGAGGCUGAGGUUGGAGGAUUGCAAAUUUAAAACCAGCCUCAGCAAUUUAGCUAGGCCCCAACAAAUUAGUGAACCCUUAACUCAAAAUAAGGGCUGGGGAUGUGGCCCAGUGAUUAUGUGCCCUUGGGUUCAAUCCCUACAAAAAAAGGAAAUGAUUGAGUUUGAAUUUACUAACAUAAUUGGGAGAUUUUCCAUUCAAAUGCAAAUACAGGGAGGUGUUGACAGAAAAGGAAAACCUUUGAAAUGAAGAAGAAUUACUCCCUGAAGCAGUGCCAUGGAUGUGAACUUAAUACAGUGUCCUUCCUAAAAGAGUAUCAUCCCUUUGAGGUAUCAUUUUACUGUAUUUUUGCUUAGUAUUUUUGUUUACCUUAUUUUGGCCACUCCAUGACCUUUUUCAGAGUGUUCUAACACUGAUUUUGGAAGGGCUGUAAUGAUUCUUUUUACUUGAAUGCAGUCUGUCAGGCCAUGGGUGAGUGCCUUGCACAUAGUAGACAUCAAUAAAUAAAUGAAGGAACAUGCAUUUUUGUGAUGUUAGUAAAGGGUACUCGAUUACAAAAGAAAAUUCAAAGGAACUCUUUUAUGCGAUUGUUUGAAACUAGGAUAAAAACUUAAAGCAAGUGUCUCAACAUAUGUUUUAUAUGUAGUUGCUUUUCAGAAAACAUAAUAUGACCUGAAGUUUACAAAAGCAAAUUCGCUAAAGCCAGCUUGGGUGAUUGUUGCCCUCUUUCACUUGAAUUUUGGAAAAGUAAUUGUCUCUAAUUUCCAAUCAGUAUAUGUGGCCAUUUUUGUGAUCAUUAAUGUUUUUGCAAAAAAUAAAAUUAUUCUUGACUUUUUUUAAUCAAGAUCCACUUAACCUGAGGAAACCAGCAGAGUGUCCAUAGUAAGAAUCACAAUACCUUAUCUACCAUUUGGGUUUAGGAUUAUUAAAAUAAAGUGAUGGGUACAGAGAAAAUGAAAACUCAAAAGAUCACAGUGGGAAGAGAAUAGCACAGGAUUUGAGAGAAGCCUGGGCAGGCCUGGGUGUAAAUUACCAUAUAAAAAGUGGAAUUUUCCAAAAUUAAGUUAAUGAUUUAUGAGAAGAGACUGCUGAAGUCAGCAGUGACUGUACUGGUUUAUUAGGGACAGUUCCAGUUUAAAUCAGUGGGUCAUUUUAAUAUGUUAAAUAUUUAAGUGUCCCCUGUUCAUGGCAACAUUUCUGUUUAGAAUAUUUGCAAUUUGGUAAGGGGCAAGAGGAAUAAACCUUUUAAUUGUAGAUUUGAGACUUUAAGUUGUAAAACUUUUAUGUGAAACUUUUUUUCCACGGGCAGGAAAAUUUAAAAUCACCUGUCUGAUGAGAAUUAAGGGAAAAUGUUAAAAAAAAAAGGGGGGGGGGCGGUUAACAAUGUGAGAAUCUGUUCUUAGCUCACAUAAAGUAUGAUUUCUGGCACUUUGGAUUUACUUGUGUCAGUAUUCCUUACUCCUCCACACUCUAGCCAUCAAUUUCCUCAUUCAAAGGAAUUCAAACUGAAAUUCUUAGUUUUAAUUCAUAAGACUACAUACAACAUUAGGACUAGUUGUUAAUAUUAGAAAAUGAUUAAUGAAUAAGUUAACCAAAAUCAUAGUUGUAUUCUUUAUCAUCUUUACACAGCUUCCUGAUGUUGUUUGUAAAAAAUCAAAAUUCCAGAUCUCAAAAGUGGAUUUAGUUUUAUCAAAUUUUGGAGAAAAUUCUUUUUGUGGUUGAUUGGUUGAUUUUGUGUCAGGCAUUUAACCCAGGAGCAGAUUACCACUGAGCUACAUCCCCAGGUAGGGGUGUGUGUGUGUGUGUGUGUGUGUGUUUUGAGACCAGACUUGAACUUGCAAUCCUGUUGCUGGGAUUACAGGCCUGUGACACUCUCCCAGCUGAUUGGCUUCAUACUCUUAACACAUUCUUAAUUUUGUCCCUCUCCCUCAUGCUUGUGGUUUCUGUAGCGGAUUAAAUAUAUUCUAGCACCAAUACUCAAUUCAGCUUUUGUCAAAUUUAGUUUUUCUGUUUUAGUAGUUUCCCUAGUACAUAAACAGUGAUUAUGUACUAGGGAAAUACAGAUUUUUUCUUAACAUUCUUUGAAACAAAAGCUUAAUUUUUUUUUUUUAAAUCUCAGCUGCUUUUAAAUUGGCCUUUUAAUGAGCUAACAAAAAUGGAAAUAGAUGCUGAGUUUGGCACACACCUGCAAACUAGACUUAAGGAAGCUAAGCAGGAAGAGCACAAGUUGGAGGCCAGUUUCAGCAACUUAACUGAGAGAUGAAUAAUAAUGUUUUAAUGAUGUUUUUACUAUAGUUAAUGAAUUACAAGUUAGCCAGGUAUGCCUUUUGUGCUUUAUAAAGGCAAAACUUUCACAUGUCUAAUAAAGUACGCAAUAGGAGACCGUUUGUUUCCAAAUGAGUUUUAAUUUUCCACAGAGAAAUGUAUUUGCCCCCUGACUUUAGCUUGGUUACCAGGAAAACCCUUUACACAGAACAACACCUACCUCAAUCUCUGGUAGGCACCCCUUGGGACUGAGGAUCGAACCCAGGGGCUCUGGGCUACUGAACUACAGCUUUGACCCUUUUUAUUUUUGAGACGGGCUGUCGCUAAAUUGCUCGGGCUAGCGUCCAAAUUAUGAUCCUCCUGUUUCAACCUCUGGAGGAGCUGGGCAUAAGAAACUAUGUUCAGUUCCUUUCUAAUUGAACAAUCACAAGGAUGGAGAAACUAGUCCGUUUACAGUUUCUUUGUAAACUUUAUUGAACUCGGGCACACAACCACUGAGCCACAUCCCCAGUCCUAUUUUGUAUUUUAGACAGGGUCUCACUGAAUUGCUUAGUGCCUCGGUUUUGCUGAGGCUGGCUUUGAACUAGCAAUCCUCUUACCUCAGCCUACUGAGCAGCUGGGUUUACAAGCCUGCGCCACCACACCUGGCUAAGAGGGUAUCUUAACUAGUUUACAUACUUUCAUGGUCAUGAUAAUUUCUUAAAACUAUGGGAAACUCUCAACAGCAUAUUUAAGAAUAAUCUUACCCAUUUCUUACCCCAUUGCAACAACCUCUGUCCUUCUCUGAAUCCCCUUUGAAGAAAUAGGAACUCUUAGACCAAAAGUGCUCACCCAACGUUUGCUGGGUUUUCCCAGUAUACCAUUGACUUAUAGACCUCUAACAAGACUUAUUCUUUAUCCUUUUUCUAAAGAUUUAGAGGGGAAACUUUUUGAACCAGAAAUCUUAAAAAAUCUGGGCAUUAAUUCUGCUCCACUCAAUAUGGCAUAAUGGUCAAAUAGGCCCUAAUGCCACCAGGCAGGAGCAAAACCAAAGCAAUCUGCAGCGAAGGCGCUUGCACAGAGUCACCGGCGAAGGGUAGGUCAAAGCUUCACGCAUUUCAGAAAUGUGUCUAGUUUGGGUAAUUUAUGAGCCAAGGGUGGGCCUAAGCCUUUGACUAAGGGGCAUCAACAAACUCAUUUUUUCAAAAAGAAAUGCAUAUUCUUUUUUUGGGGAAAAAAAAGAUCCACUGAAUCCCAAACUGUCAAAUUAGGUCUGGGAAACAUUCUGUUAAGAUUUCCCACCCUUCCAGGAAAGGAUUUGAAUUUGCGGGGCGCGAGUGAAAAGGGCCGGAAACUAACAUUGCGGCGCAGGCGCAGGCGGACAUCUCCUAUUGGCCACGUCGGUUCGGGCGUGAUUGGGGGAGGGACGGUUCCCUUUUAGCCCUUGCGCCCAGCUUCCUCUCCCACUCUUGUUUGACGCGGCGUUGAGGUGCUGGCUGUUGGUAUUUCGGAAGGAACCUUGGCAUCCCCAGCCUCUAGUUCCGGUGGCUACGGCCGGACGUCAACCUACUCUAUUGGGGCUUCCGAGCCAUGGCGACGAGGGAACCAGGAGAUGCCUUGGCACAGUCCACCCUUCCCUCUUCUGCCAGUCACAGCAAGGAAGCGCCUGAAAAACCUAACUAUGCUCUCAAACUUACUCUUGUGGGACAUACGGCAGCAGUAUCAUCAGUUAAGUUCAGUCCUAAUGGAAAAUGGCUAGCAAGUUCUUCUGCUGAUAAACUGAUUAUAAUUUGGGGAGCAUAUGAUGGAAAAUAUGAGAAAACACUAUAUGGUCACAAUCUGGAAAUAUCAGAUGUUGCCUGGUCAUCAGAUUCUGGUCUUCUUGUUUCUGCCUCAGAUGAUAAAACUUUGAAGAUAUGGGAUGUGAGGUCUGGAAAAUGUUUGAAAACACUGAGGGGACACAGUAAUUACGUCUUUUGCUGUAAUUUCAAUCCGCCAUCCAAUCUCAUCAUUUCAGGAUCUUUUGAUGAGUGUGUGAAAAUAUGGGAGGUGAAAACAGGAAAGUGCCUCAAGACUUUAUCUGCUCACUCUGACCCGAUUUCUGCUGUUCAGUUUAAUUGUAAUGGGUCCUUGAUUGUGUCGGGUAGUUAUGAUGGUCUCUGUAGAAUCUGGGAUGCUGCUUCAGGUCAGUGUUUAAAAACACUUGUUGAUGAUGAUAACCCUCCUGUCUCUUUUGUAAAAUUUUCUCCAAAUGGUAAAUAUAUUCUCACUGCAACUUUGAACAAUACUCUUAAACUGUGGGAUUACAGCAGAGGCAGAUGCCUGAAGACUUACACUGGUCAUAAGAAUGAGAAAUACUGCAUAUUUGCCAGUUUUUCAGUUACUGGUGGAAAGUGGAUUGUGUCUGGCUCAGAGGAUAACCUGGUUUACAUUUGGAACCUUCAAACUAAAGAGAUUGUGCAGAAAUUACAGGGUCAUACAGAUGUUGUGAUCUCAGCUGCUUGUCAUCCUACAGAAAACAUCAUUGCAUCGGCAGCAUUAGAAAAUGACAAAACAAUUAAACUGUGGAUGAAUAACUACUAAAGCCAAGUUAGCAAAAAACUUAUUUGAAAGAUGGUUUUCUAACUGGUAUGGUUUUUAUUUCUUUUAAAAAAUUACCUUCAAUUAUAAGACUUACAGAUUUAUAAUUCAAGAAUACAAGACAAGACAGUUGCGAAGACAAGUCUAGAAUCUACCUGGGGCUUUUGACUCCUAAUCUUGAUGCCUGUUAGGAAUCUCAGAUAUAUUUGUCCCUGUACAGGUUUCUAUUCUGUUCCUCUUAGUAACUUUUGUAGAGGCUUGGUUUACUUGGGAAAUAGUUCAAUUAGACAGCAUGACUGAUUGAGGUGGGCAAGAAAUUUUGCAGUUUCUGAUUUGGGAGGUCAAAUGAACAAGAGCAUGAGGCUAGGGUGGGUAAUAAGAAGACUGUAGAUACAUGUCACGUGCCUCCAGCACUUUUAGUGAUAUGUGAUGGAACAUGAAACAGUAUAUAGAAUUACGUCAGUAAGUUGGGGAAAGUAAGUCCUGAUUUUUUAAUUAAAGGACCUCUGCCUCAUUAGAUAGUGCCAUCUUGUGAUGGCAAUGUAUGCUACAUUGAGUGGUGAGGCUGCGCUCCUUCAGGAUGUUACCUAUUAACUCACAUACUUCAGACUCAUUGUACAGAAGUUACUUCUUGUGCCAUCACUGCCUGUCUCCCUCCAACCUCAGUGGACAGAUGAAUUAGAUGUUCUUGCUUUUUCUAUAAUUCCUAAAACUCAAAAUACAUUAUUUACCAAUGUGUCAUAAUGUUUUCAUGGGCCAUGUUUCCAGCAGAUAAUGAGCUCUGUGGGAUCAGGAAGUUUUGAUCCCACAGAGCUGAUUAUUCACCUUUGUAUUCUGUUUGAUGAAUGACAAUGAAUGUGAUGCCACAGCUUCCUUUAUUCCUGGCCUCCUUUCAAUAGGUUUUAGUAAUAAAUUCCCAAUAAUAUCAUUAUUGAUUAAAAAGUGUCUAACCCUAGCCACACAUAUUAACUUUAUUCACCAAAGCUUGCAGGAAAUGUAAGGUAAAAAAUAUAAAGUAGAAAAUGGUUUCUACCAUGCAGACAUGAAACAAAUACAAAAAAAAAAAAUCUAGACAUUAAGCGAAAAUUAGUACAACAGUAAUUUUAACUGAAAGCAAUAAAGGCAUAACUGUCUUGCUUCUUUUAUAUUUUAUAGCACCUCAUCAAUUGCUCAUUAAAUUGUAUUUGACAAAUUCUGAGGAAUAUAUUAUAGUGACUAGUAGAGUGCUGAGAGCUUUCUGAAGAAUAAGUUACUAGUCAGGUAUUAGUGUUAAGAGGUUGAUAUAUCGGGCUGGGGAUGUGGCUCAAGCAGUAGCGCACUCGCCUGGCAUGCAUGCAGCCCGGGUUCGAUCCUCAGCACCACAUACAAACAAAGAUGUUGUGUCUGCCAAAAACUGAAAAAUAAAUAUUGAAAUUCUC